AUGGCUAUGAAGUGUAUAGGGCUUGCCAAGGAGUGGGAGCGGGAUGAGCAGCUUCGUGAUCGCUUGAGGGAGGAGAAGAAAAUCAUGAUUUACCCAGCAACGGAUAAGUUUUGCAAACCAAAUCGGGUCAACGCAGUGACCAAUGAAAUGAUCAUUCUGCCAGUGCUGAAACGAUUGCAGGAAGCCAUUGAUGCCUACUUGAGUUCAUGCCGCCGUUCAAGGUCAAGUUCAUCAGCGGAGGACGACAAGGACUCUGACGAUGAGGAAGACGAUGACCCCCAAACAAAUCAAGAGUUUGCAGACUUCAAGAAGUGGUUGGAUGAGGCAACCCCUUGUUCUGAAGCAUCUUCAUCACCGCCAGUUCCAACAACAUGUGCCAAAUGCGCUACAGUCGCUCAGCGAGUGCAGGCUGCCCGCAAUUUGAUUGCCCAGCGGCUGGCAGAGCUGAAGAAGCAGAAACCUGGGUCUAAGAAGGUUCAGUCCUUUGGUGAGGGUGACAAGGUCAAGCCCGCAGGCAGCAGGGCUGGGCCAGCUCAUGAUGGUGAUGACACCCAGCCCAUGGACUUGGACACACCGAUCGCUGACAUCUUCAACCUUGAGAUGCCAGUUGAUGAUCAUGAUGAUGAGGAGAUCCCAUCUACGCAGCCUGACCUUGAUGAUGGUGAUGAUCGUGAGGAGGAGUCAGUUCUGACACGACGGGACCAGCUGUUGCUGAAGCAGGAGAAGCAGCAGAAGAAGAAAGAGAAUGACAUGAAGAAGAAGGAAGAAAGUGCUGCAGCCAAGUCAAAGACUUCUACCAGGAAGCGCAAGGAAGCAGAACCUGCUGAUGGAGGAACAGGAGCUGAGGUCGAGAUUGAGCCUGAGAAUGUCAAGAAACCGACAACUAGGGGCAGGAAGAAGAAGGUUCAGGAGAAGGUUGAAGAGACUCAGCCUGAAAGUGGUGAAGCUGCUCCAUCCGAGAAGGCAUCCAAAUCGGAUCUUGGAGAGAAGCCAAAGGCCAAGGCGAAGUCCAAGGUGAAGGAGAAAGCUGAGCCAAAAAAAGAGGCAAUAGCAAAGAGAGCAGCGAAAGCAAAGGCGAAAAGACUGCCCAAGAAGGCAGUGAAGGAUGAUGAAAGUGGAGAUGAAGAGGAGACUGAUGCCCAGAAGCUUCGAAAGAAGCUAUUUCAAUCUGACGAUGAUGGAUCUGAUGAAAGUGAACACGAACGCUAUGAUGCCAAGACUGGCAAGGUGGAGCCGCUGAAGGACAUCUUGGAAAAGUGCGAGGUGGACAAACACAAGGCCAAGAAUCGAAAGCUUGGUGAGCCUGAGCCUGAGGAGAGCACUCCUAAGAAAGCCAAGGGCGGCAAGAACAAGAACAAGACCAAAGUGAAGAAGGUGGAUUUGUCACCCUUUACAAAGAAGGAAGUUUCUCGCAGAAAGAGGAAGGAGAAGGAAACCAUGCAUCAGGAGGCAAAGGAGGAUGAGCAGAUUCAGGGCAUUGUGCGCCAACACCUGAAAAAUGUGGAGAAGCUGACCUAUGAAGAUGUCAAGUUGUACCUCAGGAAGCACCUCACCAACAGCAAACCGCAUGAGUUCAAGCUGAACGAGUACUGGGGGCGGCCAGCAUGUGGCAUCAAAGUUCCUGCACUUGGAGAUGGGAGCUUGAAGAAGGCACCGGAAGUUGUCUACAUUGGACGAUAUGGCACUUGUGCCGAGGGCUGGAACUACAACAUGGCCUGUGUGUAUGUCACAGCUUCGCUGAUGGCUUCUUGGUUGGAAGAUCUUCCAGCUGAAGAUUUGGAGGACUAUGCCAACCCCACUGGCAAGGUUCAGACGCAUCUUUUCUUCAUGAAGUACAAUGUGAGUGUGGCUGCCAGACACUGUGAUGCCUGGGCUGAAAGGCCAGAAAUGGGCUGUCAAGCUAGGAUGUUACUAUUGAUGAUGGUAGCAGUGUGCCUCAAUGCUGCCAUAACAUUGGAGCAGCCGUUCUCAAGUGUCUUUGAGUUUUACCCUCGAUUCCGGGAGUUCAUGGAAAUGUUACAACGGCAUGGGGGCCAGGGGGCAGUGCACAGGGUGGAGUUCUACAUGCACCACUAUGGCGCUGCAACCCCUAAGAGGUUGUAUGUGAUUGGAAACUCGAGGCAUGUCGGUGGUUUGAACAAAGGCAAGCUGAAGGGCUGGGCAAAGACCAAAAAGGAUCUUCAGACCAAGGGGAUGUCAAAAGACUUGGCGAUCAAAUACCAAGAUUCCAAAGGACGGCAACGUUGGAAAGGAAGUCAUGACAUGAAAGCAAGCGAGUGCUAUCCACCACGUUUUGGACUUGAAAUGGUAUCUCUAUUUCAUGACCUGGUCGCAGACAAGCAUGGAAUGCCUGAACUACCAGCAGUAGUACCAACAGCAGAGGAAACCUUUGCCAGCAUGGACUUUAGCGAUGUGUGGAGUGAGGACUUGGACAAGGAGCUUGCUGAUUUGGAAGCUCAAGAAGCUUCUGUGGGGGUGAAUUCCUUGGCAGAGCUGCAGGGCCUACGUUCCCAGGCUUCUCCGCAGAAUAAGCUUCCAGAGGAGACACUGCCAGCUACGGAAUCCCAGUUAGAUGCAUCUGUCCGUGGAACACCCCAGUCUGGUCCUAGCAAUUUGGGGACUGGUAGUGACGUUGGAAGCCAUGCCCCGGUUUCCCCAGCAUCUUCGCUACCCAGUUCCAAAGGCUCAGAUGAGGUGACCCUUCGUAUCGUGGACAUGUAUCAGCGAGGUGAACUUGAUGCUUCCGUCGCCAUGCAACUCCUGGGAAGCGGGGUUGGGGCAGUGCUUCCAGAAACGAGGGACAACAAGCCUGGUGGGGUGAAGAGGUCUCGUGAUGAAGGGGAUACUUCUGAAGUUGAACCCGACAAACCGGAUGAAGAAUCCCUGGACGAACUGUUGGACCAAGCAAAGCGAGCCAAGAUGGAAGACAACGCACUCAAAGCGAAGUUGCGCCGACUGUGCGAAGCCAAGAAAGAUGGUAGACUCAAUGUGCCACAGUGGUUGCAUGAUCAGUGGCGAAAUGGAGACCAUCUGGCCAUGGCCAGGGAAUUUCAGUCUUGCAACUUUGACAAGGAUCGCUUCAUCAAAUACAAGAAGAGGACAGUCACCAAGACCGACAAGCAGCUUUCGGACUUGUCCGUGGGGUGGUACACGGAAGAAGACAUGAUCAAAGUGUUGAAAUGGAACAAGAAGAAAAUUGCUGGUGCUAAGAAGUGCUGUGAAGCUGACCCGAAGAACUUGGUCAGGCAUUGCCGGUAUGGUGGAGAUGAUGAAUACUAUGUCCAUGUGCGUGAGACCGGCAACCACCAGCAAGAGAACACCCGAAGUGACCAAACGGAGGAAAUCACACAGGAAAAUGGACCACCAUCCCUUCCCGAAGUUGACUUGGCCAGACUUGAGGGCAAUCAAGUACGUGAAAAGGCUGCACUGAGUGCAGCAGCCAACAGGUCCAAAGAUGUCUUUUGCAAACACGUGGAGAGUGUCCUUUCGAAGAGUGCCAAGAUUCGAUCCCUUGUGGGAGAUUUGCAGCGCAAUUAUCCCACAGACCCCACAGCCCGGAAGGCCGUGGCCACCUUGAAUGGUGAUCUCAACACCUUGGACGGUGAGUACAACACCCUUUCCAACCACAUGGCCGAAGGAGAGCGGGAUAGCUUUGACAAGCCGUGCACCAAAGUUGCACAAAACGAGGCCAAGAUUCGGUCUGCCAAGCGCCACUUCAAGAAGAAGGACAUGGAGGAAGUCAAGGAGGUUCUCUUGGACAAACUGCCAAACGCUUGGCUGCCAACAUUGGCGAUGGCGCCAUGA